UGGACACGGCAGGCACGGCGGACCACAAUACAGGAGGAGCAUCUUAGACAGCAUACCAGAUACCUACAGUACUUAAAGCUAGACGAUACCCUUUUCAUUGGAUAACAAACCACACCACUCUUCAUCUCACCCUCUUCCCAUCACCAACUCUCGCUCUAUCUUACUCUUUUCUUUUCCAUCUUCACAAUGUCUUUCGAUAGCAAGUUACCAACUGUAUUAGAGGUAGAGGUGUCUGACUCGGCAGAGCAGUCGGACUCAUCAGACUACUCUGCUACAAACCCAAGUAGCAUAUCGUCCAAGUCGAACGAACGCCCACAGGAGCAACCUGCGCAAGCUGUGGCCGAUGACAAGAGCUCCGCCCUACCGACUAAGCCAUCGUCCGCACUUACCAGUACCCCCACGGACUCCAAGAAUGCGUCUAAGCCGAUUGUGAAGACAGCCCAUCAGCUCAAGCACGUGUUUGGCGCGUACGGUCGGAUGAAAACGGAAUGGCACGAGGCCAUGAAACAGGUCCUUGCUGUCCACGGAGAACGCUAGGAACAGACCGAUGACAUAUUUCACGACAUCGGCCUUCAGGGGCCUGGAGAAAGCGAUUACUCUUUCCGAGAUCCCUCUCAGCCUAAACAAAGCGACUAUCAAAUUUUUUCUAUCUUUUUACUUUCCGCAGAAACUCGGUUCAAGUGUUCACUUGAACGGAUUGUAACUGCCGAUCAAGCGUUCCGUGCCAACAGGCAACGGUCCCCCAGGCCGGUAAUCAUCAUCUGCCUCGAGGAUAGCAAAGACAGAAAAAUGACGGGCAUGAGAGCUUUCACUGACCUUUUAUUCGGGCUCAUCAACUCAACUGCACCGGAUCUCUCUGCGAUCCCCAUUCUCCCCGUCGCUAGCUAUACCGUCCUUCCCGUCGUGCUCGGCUGGCUUGAGAUGUGGGGACUGGACCCUAGAUUUUCCAAACCACUGCCUUUAGAACCACGAGUUCCUGAGGAUGACCACCCCCCAUGGCUCUGCACGAUCGAUCACACCAAUUCCCUCUUCCCGCGUUCGCGCAAGGCUUCCUGUUUUUUACGGCGCCUCCGUCGCCGUCGCUUGCUAGGACAGAGCAGUCCCAAUCCUCGAGGACUUGUCAUUGCAAAGGCAGGAAGGAGGGUGUUCCAAAAAGAGGGAGAGGUCGAGGUAGAGAUGGUGGUUGCUUUUUGGGAGAAAAUGUACAUUCUUUGACUAUUGAGCGAAUCAUUCUUCCAGGGGUAGUCUUUUCACAGACAUCUCGUGUACUUGACUUCCUCAUAAGCGUUUGAUUUAGAUAGCUUAGUUGUACAAAUACUUGAACACAAAGAACAGAAAC